UCUCUACUUUAGUCAAUCCUCUUUGGGCUUACCUUACGGGCUUCAAACAAUAAUAAAUACCGUUAGGAUCUCUCAUCAUGCUCCAGACUGAAAACGACCAUCAGUGGAAUCUGAUACUCUGUAUCAGAGCAUUUAGAAAUCUUAUCAAUUAGGUACGAUUAUCGAUAAGGCGAACCAUUUUUUGCUCAUGGCCUCGUAACACUAAAUUCACCAGUACGAUGACACCUAAAAUCCAUUCAAGAGCAGAUCCUCAGUCCAAUAUUGAUUCCAGUGAUGGGAAUACUGGUUGGUGGCUUCUAUUUAUGGGGAUUCUUGUCCUCACCGCUGCUACAAGAUUUUACAAAGUGUCGGAGCCCCAACAUGUGUGUUGGGAUGAAACUCAUUUCGGAAAGAUGGGAAGUUGGUACAUAAAUCGGACUUUUUUCUUCGAUGUGCAUCCACCCCUCGGAAAGAUGUUGAUAGCUCUGUCCGGUUAUUUAACAGGUUACGAUGGAAGAUUUCCCUUUGAAAAACCAGGGGACAAGUUUGAGGAUACUAAAUACCUCGGUAUGAGGGUCUUCUGCACAUUUUUAGGUGCUACCAUAGUCCCACUUGCUUUCUUAAUUGUCUGGGACUUAACGAAAUCCACGAGGGCUUCAGUACUCUCAGCCAUGUUCAUUCUCUUGGAUAUUGGAUUAUUAACAUUAAAUAGAUACAUUCUCCUGGAUCCAAUCCUCCUCUGCUUCAUGAUGUGUGCAACCUGGGGAAUGGCAAGGAUCGGUGCUCACAGAGAUCAAGCAUUUACUAGAUCUUGGUGGGGCUGGCUUAUCUUCACUGGAUUGUCACUCGCCUGUACCAUUAGUGUAAAAUUCGUAGGACUCUUUGUCGUCCUCCUCGUUGGCAUUUUUACCGUUUAUGAACUCUGGAGAGAACUCGGAGAUCUGACGAAACCUGUGAUCAACGUUGGAAAACAUUUAAUCGCCAGGGUUGUUUGUCUGAUUGUACUACCCAUUAUUUUGUACAUGGUGUUCUUUUACAUUCAUCUGGCAGUACUGAAUAAAAGUGGCAGCGGUGACGGUUUUUACUCCUCGGAAUUUCAGUCUCUCCUCCAGGGAAACUCGUUGCACAACGCAACAAUGCCUCGCCAACUCUCCUACGGAGCCACAAUUACUCUAAAAAAUCACCGGACAGGUGGAGGAUAUCUACAUUCCCACUGGCACCUCUAUCCGGAAGGAGUCGGUGCUCGUCAGCAACAAAUCACGACGUACUCACACAAGGACGACAACAACUUCUGGAUCGUCAAAAAAUUCGAUACCGAGGAAAUACCUCCUGAACCAGAACUGAUAAAACAUGGUGAUCUCAUUCGCCUCGAGCAUACAAUUACCUCAAGGAAUCUCCACUCCCACAAAGCGAUUGCUCCAAUCUCCAAAAAACACUACCAAGUAACUGGAUAUGGAGAAAAUGGAGUAGGAGAUGCCAAUGAUAUCUGGAAGGUGGUGAUUGAGAAUGGAAAGGAAGGGGAUAUAGUUCAAACAGUUACAAGUAAAUUAAAAUUCGUUCAUUAUCUUCACCACUGUGUUCUAACUUGCAGUGGCAAGACUUUACCCAAGUGGGGAUACAGCCAGCAGGAAGUCUCUUGCAACCCAAACAUGAGGGACAAGAAUGCUGUCUGGAAUAUAGAGGACAACAGAUAUCCGAAAUUACCCAACGUCAGUUUUCAAGUUUAUGCUCCAGGAUUUUUGGCUAGAUUCUUAGAGUCACAUGCCGUUAUGCUGCAAGGAAACUCGGAUUUGAAAGUUAAAGAGGGAGAAGUUACCUCCAGACCCUGGCAAUGGCCAAUCAAUUAUAGAGGACAAUUCUUCUCCGGCAGUGAUCACAGGAUUUAUUUACUUGGAAAUCCCAUUAUUUGGUGGGGAAAUAUUAUUUUCCUUCUUCUGUUUGUUUUCAUAUAUGUUUGGAAUUCCGUGAGGGAGCAGAGAGGGUGUGAGGAAGCUGAGAAAGUAUCUGAGGAGAAGGAGAAACUUAAGACUGCUGGAAUGUGGUUAUUCAUCGGAUGGAUGCUGCAUUAUUUGCCAUUUUGGGCCAUGGGACGUGUUCUAUAUUUUCAUCAUUAUUUUCCUGCAUUGGUGUACAGCUCCAUGCUCACUGGAAUUACUUUGAAUUUCAUACUAGAUAGUCUUUUCUUUGUGCUUCCGCAGAGAGUGGCCAAUCUUGUUUAUCAUGUGGUGCUGGGGAGUGUUCUCUCUGUCACUGUUUACAGCUUCUACCUGUUUGCACCAUUGGCUUAUGGAAUGACAGGUCCGUCUGCCUCAGACCCUCAAAGUCCUCUUCAUACGCUGAAGUGGCUCGAGUCUUGGGAGUUUUAGAUAAUACUCAAAAAAUUGAAAAUAUAUCUCGAUAGCAGAAAACAGAGUAAUAUUUUAUAUAUUUUAUUGUUGUCAAU